AUGCUCGGGAAUGAAGCUUGCGCCUUCGUCGGGCAAGUGCAAGAUUCCAAGCGUGUGGCAGGUACCUUUUCGAAGCUCCGGUGGGAGGGUCGCCUGCAUCAGUUUGUGGACGAAGCUGAAGCUUUGACGCCGCACGCUGUGACAUGGGCGUGGCUUGAAGCAUACGCUUGCCCUUCAACACGGCGCCCGCACCAGAUGUGCAGUUUCAGCGUUAUAGAGGCUCUCUUCAAUGAGACCUGUUUCUGA